AUGCCGGCAGCCAAUAGGGCGUCGAUUGAGACAGUCGAUAUCGGUCGUGGAAAUCAUUACGAACCCAGACAUUCUCAGGCCAAGCCCAUUCGACGCUCAUCAACCGUGAGGAGUGACGAAUGGGACUCUUAUGAACGCAGUAUCCCAACCAGGUAUGAUCGAUACGAUGAUUACAGGCCUCGCUACGAGGUAGUCGAGGUUCGCGAUGGAGCAGGCAGGCCAAUAAGCUAUCAUGACAACGAUUACUACGACAGGUGGCAAGAAAGUUCCGGUCCAGUACGACAUUAUGUAUCGCCAUCAUACACUCGUCACAGUGCUCAAAAUCAGAUGGUCGGCGUGAGGCCGAGACCGCGAUCUCCAACUCCUGUCGACUACGACGAUGAUGAGCGUAUGAUCACCUCAGUGAGAUCGAAAAGAGUUGCUGCGAAACCAGCCGCUGUUGUCGGAGAUGAAGGGGGUCCGAAGGCUCGAAAGGGAUCGCAACACGUACCUGGCCUAUUUCAGACUGUCUUCGAUGUCAACCAUCCGCAAGACGCAAGUGUUCACCUCGAGCUCCCGAUCACAGAUGAUCACGGAGCGGAACUGGAGGAAUUCUGCCGACUGCAGAGGCUGGGAAAUUUCGGCGCGGCAGAGGAUCACUUCAAAAAUAAGCUGGAGCCGUACUUGAGUAAUCCGUACGUGUUUGUCCAAUUUGGCCAAAUGCUAUUGGAGAAAGGCGAUUAUCACGCCUUGGAACGACUGAAUUCCGAGGCUGUAUUCGGUAAGGAGGAUCGGCCACCGUCGCGGUUUCAUCUCGGUCUUGGUCUCGGUCACGAGAAAGACGACGAGAAACCAGAGCUCGCUCUCGAUCUCAAAGCCCGACGACACUCACGCUCACGCUCACCAUCCAUCGAUAAUGUCCAGAGGCCCUACGAACGAGAUAGAUAUGUCGAAAGGGACCGCAGCUACUCUCCAGAUGGAGAACCUGAAUUUCAGGACACGAAACCGAAUCCCGACUACGAUGAGCUCGAACUCCUGCGCCAGAAUUGGAGGCUUUUGAAGGCCACCUCUAUCAUCUACAGCAAAGGGAACUAUGAGGAUGCAUUCAGCGAGGCUUGGUACACGAUUGAAACCCUCCGUUUCGGGACUGGAAUUGGGUCAACCGAGGCAAGCAUCUCCCCUGAGCGGUACCAUAGCGGUCUCCGAGAGGCUGCGAGGGAAUGGGUUGACUGGCCAACUCUAUUCAAAGAACUUCUUGCUCAGGGCCGCAUAUGGGACUUCAAGGACCUUUAUAUUGCAAUUGUAGCGGCAUUCUCUGAUUCAGAAGACAACCUGUUCUUGGGGACAGAUGACAUCAAGCGCUCCCUGGUCGACGACUGGGUCUUAGAGGAAGGGGAUGAAUCGACGAAUUUGGCCCUGCUCGACAUGCUCCUGGAACCGGCCCAACUACGAUCCUACUUCCCGGACGAAGCGAAAUCUCGCGCCGAAGCCAUUAUAGCGCAUUCUCCUGCGGUGAUGAAGAGUCGGUCCUUCAUCCGCUGGAUAUUAGCAAAUGCCACUGACGCAGUGUCUGGCGAGAAGAAAGGCGACGAUGACCUCUGGCUGGCCCUCAAGACUCACCUCCAGGGAUUUCCAGGGAUUGAGCUGAAGGACUACAAUGCCCAAGUUGCAUGCUACAAACUCCUCAUUUUCCAGUCUCAAGAUCCGACCGAACUGUUUCAAGAACUUGCACACUUGCAAAAGUCGAUACAGGGUGACAAGAAGGGGCAUCUUGAGACAUUGUUGUCCAGCUAUCUGGUCUGCAAAGAUCGACCGGGCAAGGAGAAAUUGCUCGAGGAGCUGGGACAGAGCGACGACUGGGGUGAUGCGACCGUGUUGCGCGAUGGACUGACCUACUGGGCUCGGGAUUUUAUCGAAAGAGCGGUGAAAAGAAGCCUUCAAGGUCCCAAAAGCACGGCCAGGUUACGAAAUCCAGCAAGUUUCUACAUGGGCAAGGGACUUCCGUGGGUGGCUGAGCAUUUCACAUGGCAGAAUACCGAGCUCGAUCGCCUCCCGCCCUCCAGUGCUUAUCGACCAGAAACUUAUAUUCCACGAUCAGAAACUUAUGUUCAAGAAGCUGAAAGGCAAGAAAGGGAAUUAGACCAAGCUAAGAAAGAAAUACAGGCGUGGAAGGAGAAGCAAGCACGUGAAGUAAAAAACCAACAAGAUCGAGAGACGCGGGAGCGGCUCGAGCAGGCGGAACGGCGUUUGCGGGAACAAGAGGAGAUUAACAAGAAGCAAAAAGAAGAGACGAAGAUGAGAGAAAUGGAACUGGAACGACUUGAGCAAGAGAUCAAGCAGGCAAAAGAGAGGCAAAUCCUUGAAGCCAGAGCCCAACAAGACCGUGAGACUCGAGAGCGUCUCGAGCGGGCCGAACUAUCUUUGAGGGACCAAGCGGAAAGACUGAGACGCGCAGAGGACCGCUCUUACCAGGAGUGGCUCUCCGAAAGACACUUCAGAGGCAAGGCAAGAGCUCGCGGGAAGUUCAUUCGAGGCAGGAGAGGAACACGAUUUGUCGCAGCAUCAACAGCCUCUUCAGAGUCCUACUACAGCGACAGGUCGCCAUCACGGGACAAUGAGGACUCCAGCGAUGACACAUCAAUUAGGGCAAAGAAAAGGACCAAGAGCACUAGCAGUGACAGCGAAGGCGAAUCAGAACAAGAAAUACGAAUCAAUAGAAGGGUGAGAAGUGUUGAGGAACUCAGGAGCGAGCCGAGAAGGGGCGAGGCCAACCACCAAGAUGGAGAAGAUACGGGGAGCCUCCAGCGAAACUCCUGCACUGAUCUCAUUUUAUACAGAGAGCUCCAGGAUUUAAUAUCUCCCGAUGCGUAUAUGUCCGGAACUCAUCCUCCAAGACUGCCUACAUCGCAGGUCUCGUCGUCUGACGAAGCUCGCGGCAGCCGGAGGGGUUCUACGACAGGACCGGACCCAACACGCGAGAAUGAUGAAGCCUAUCCCCAGGAGCAGACUGAUCAUUUGACUGCUGAGCCACAGGAGGUCGAAGAUCAGCUUGAUCAGCCUGAGUCUGCUAUAUCCAGAAGCGAGACCGGCGAGACCGGCGAUGAUGGGUCUUCGCAUGUCAGAAGAGCUGAAUCUCGGGAUCACAGUGAGAUUAGAUCGAAGGAGCAGAACGCAAGGAUCGCAAACCGUCCCUCGAGGCCCGCAUCAACCGGCAUAUAUGUGAGCCCGCGGCCGUCUGUUGAUGAUUCCACAGGCGUCUGGGACGCGUGGGAGGAGAGGAUGAGGAAAGCGAACAGGAGGGUCGUCAUCGACCCUGGUCCGAGUGGCUCACAUACCGUAUCACCAAGGCCGAGGUCACGACCAUCAUCCACACAGGCGUAUGAUGAUAUCCAGCCCCUAGGGAGACGCACAUCUUGGCGUGACAGUCCCGUUGGCUCGCCCCAUGGGGAUCGGCUUGGAUCCCCGACAAAACGACGGUCCCUCAUCAUCGACGCUGAUGGGCGACCUCAGCCAGUCCGGACGGGCGAAAGUCGCCGCAGCUACUCCGGCGACUCACCCAGCGGCACUUGUGUCCGUGUAAUUCGCAGCGCCGGCGCCGGCGGGGGCCGUCCGAUGCCGGAAAUGUCACCCACUGCUACUAGGCUACGCUCGCGACCGCAUUCUACGGGGGGCGUUGCCACCAGACUCCAUCGCACGGACCCAAUACCAAUACCAAAGCCCCCCGAAAAGCCGUCGGCCGAAAAUUGGGAGAGGGUGAAGGACGGCCUUUGGAGGAAGAGGAAGCCAUCAACUCUACAUGAAGAUCCGGAAGAGGGGGAAGAAAAGGGGCCUUCGCAGCCUCAAACUCAGGCAAGGCAAGGAGAGAGCUCCAAGGACCAAGACUCCUUGGAUCCUGCGCAGCAAAUUUCUAGAAAGUCAACAGUUGCUGACCCGGAACCAAGCGAGGAGUAA